CCCCAUGUAAGAGUGAGGUGGAGGAGGACAUUCCAGUCCAUUUGACCACAGAAAAUCCCUAUAACCUGACGUUUCCUUCGGAUUUCUUAACACUAGAUUAUAAAGAAGAAGAUCAGGAUAUCAUGCAGCGCUCUUCACGAGAAAAUCACACUACCUAUAAUGUAUAUCCAGGACUUCACAGUGCAGAUCCAUCAUAUAAUCCUAACCUUGAGGAUCCUUCUCCUGACCAGUCACAGAAUGUUAUCACAAGUACCAGACUGAGAGGGGGUAAAAUAUUUAAAUGUGAAAAACAGUUCAGUUAUUGGUCAGAGCUUUCUGUACACAGAAGAAAUCACACAGGAGAGAAGCCUUAUUCAUGUUCAGAAUGUGGAAAAUACUUUAUAAGUAAAUCACAGCUUUUAAGACAUGAAAAAAGUCACACAGGAGACAAGCCAUAUUCAUGUUCAGAAUGUGGGAGAUUAUUUAUUAAUAAUAAAGAUCUUAUAAAUCAUGUCAGAGUUCACACAGGAGAGAAGCCAUAUUCAUGUUCAGAAUGUGGCAAAUGCUUUACCACCAAAUCACAACUAGUUAAACAUCACAGAAUUCACACAGGAAAGAAUCUGCAUUUAUGUUCAGAAUGUGGAAAAUGCUUUACAGGUAAAUCAUAUCUUAUUACACAUCAGAGAAUUCACACAGGAGAGAAACCAUAUUCAUGUUCUGAUUGUGGGAAAUGUUUUAUAAGUAAAUCAAGGCUUUUAGUGCAUAAGAGAAGCCACACAGGAGAGAAGCCAUAUUCAUGUUCAGAAUGUGGUAAAUGCUUUGCAUGCAAAUCACUACUAGUUAGACACCAGAGAAUCCACACAGGAAGCAAUCUGCAUUUAUGUUUAGAAUGUGGGAAAUGCUUUAUAUGUAAAUCAGAUCUUGUUACACAUCAGAGAAGUCACACAGGAGAGAAGCCGUAUUCAUGUUCAGAAUGUGGGAAAUGCUUUGCAGGCAAAUCACAGCUUGUUAGACAUCACAGAAUUCACACAGGAGAUAAUCUGCAUCUAUGUCCAGAAUGUGGAAAAUGCUUUAUAAAUAAAUCAGAUCUUGUUAUACAUCAGAGAAGUCACACAGGAGAGAAGCCAUAUUCAUGUUCAGAAUGUGGGAGAUGCUUUACAGGCAAAUCACAGCUUGUUAGACAUCACAAAAUUCACACAUGAGAUAAUCUGCAUUUAUGUUCAGAAUGUGGGAAAUGUUUUACAAGUAAAUCAGAUCUCGUUACACAUCAGAGAAGACACUCAGGAGAGAAACCAUAUUCAUGUUCAGAAUGUGGGAAAUGCUUUAUAGGCAAAUCACAACUAGUUACACAUCAAAUAGUUCACAAAGGAAAUCAUCUGCAUUUAUGUUCAUAAUGUGGAAAAUGCUUUACAAGUAAAUCAGAUCUUGUUACACAUCAAAUAAUUCAUAUAUGAGAGAAGCCAUAAUUAUGUUCAAGAUGUGAAAGAUGCUUUAUAGGCAAAUCACAACUUGUUAGACAUCACAGAAUUCACAAAGGAGAGAAUCUGUAUUUAUGUUCAUAAUGUGGGAAAUGCUAUGCAAGUAAAUCAUGUCUUGUUAGCCAUAAAAAAAAUUACACUGGAGAGAAGUCAUAUUCAUGUUCAAAAUGUGGGAAUUGUUUUGAAAUCAUAUCUUGAUAGUUAUGAGAGAACUCAGAGAUAAGACAUAUGCCAUAUUCCUAUUCAGUGUAAAAAUGUUUUAGAUAUAGAACAAAUUGUGUUACACUUGAGAUAAUUGACACAGAAGAAAGGCCAUACAAAUGUUUAGAAUGUGGUAAAUUGUUUAUAAGUUAAAAAUAAAAUAAAAAGUCAUGUUAAGCAUGAGAGAAUUCACAAAGGAGAGAAGCCAUAUUCAUGUUCAGAUUGUGGGAAGCGCUUUACAUGUUGGGCGCUUGAGAGAAUUCUGCUAAGAAAGGGCUCCGUAACCAAACAAUAACACUGGGCGUUAUCUGUGUAUACAUGGAGGCUCCAAAAUAUAAUGCCACAUAUCAAAAGUAAAAUCUUUAUUUCACCACAUGUUAAAAACAUAAAGUAGUAUAUUAAAACCAAACCCAUAGCCACAUAGAACAAGAUGCAUUGCUGGAAUAUAAACAUGUUAAAUACAAGAGACCAGAGGCACUGCGCUAGUAUUUCAACAGUAGAGACAAUAAAAGAAAUACAGACCAAAACUGCACCUUAUAACCUUUGUAGUCUCUUCUUCUGGUGCGAUAUCCUCAUGCCCCACUCCCUGCACAAUAUAUAAUAGUCAAGACUUUCAUAUGAUAUAUAACAGGGAUGCUUAACCUAUAGCCUUCCAGCUGUUGCAAAACUACAACUUCAAGCAUGUCUGAUGGCUGUAGGCUGUCCAGCCAUGAUUAACAUAAAAAUAAAGUACCUCUGUAGAGCCAGCCUCCAUUGAACAAUAUGCAUAUGCAUGUUUAACAGGUGCUACACUCCAUGCCAUUGGGGGAGGGACACCGCUCCACCAAGACCAAAGCUAAUCUUAGCAUUUAGUCAUAAAAGAAUUCACACAGGAGAUAAGCCAUAUUCAUGUUUAGAAUGUGGCAAAUGCUUUACAAGUAAAUCAUAUCUUGUAAAACAUGAGAGAAGUCACAAGGGAGAGAAGCCAUGUUGAUGUUUUGUAUAAGAAUAAUGUUUUGCAAAGAAAUAAAAUUUUGUGUCUAAUUUAUGACUGAAAAAAGUGGCCUAAACGGGUGAAAAUGCUCAAACCCGGACACUGUACCGUAUCUAUAACCGG